AUGGUCAAUUCCAACUCCGAUCUUGAGCGUGCGCCUGGAGUGGGGUCAUCCCCCGCGGCCAGUUCGUCUGGUCUGGCAACGGACAACCUGACCAAACGAGUCGGAAUCUCAACCAACCUGUCGGAGAAGAAUGUGGUAGGGGAUAGUCGUGAAGCAUCAAUUGACGACGAGUCGAUUAAACCGGCCUCCGACCACACCUGUCGCAAGUUGAAGCCCAGACAUAUCCAAUUGAUCGGUAUUGGCGGCACAAUUGGCACGGCGUUGUACGUCCAGAUUGGCAAGAGUCUGGGAAAAGGCGGACCUGGAAGCUUAUUUCUGGCAUUUGUCAUAUGGUCAGUCCUCGUCCCUUCUAUCGAUCUGCGUCAUAUUCUCGUGCUCCUGCUUGCUAUUCUUCCGGUUCCCACGACACCGCAAUAUCGCGAACGUCCUUGGCCAUUGGUGCUCGGUGAUCCUGGCUAUAACCGUCUGGCAGAAAUGGUCACGUACCUACCCAUUUCCUCGCCCUUCAUUCGGUUUGCUAGUCGUUACGUCGAUGAAGCGUUCGGAAUGGCGGCUGGAUGGAACUUUUUCGUUUUCGAGGCCAUCAUGGUGCCUUUUGAAAUCACCGCAUGUAGUAUGAUCAUCAACUAUUGGGGUGGUGCGGUGCCGGUGGCAGCAAUCAUCGUGAUCGUUCUUGUACUUUUUGUACUGCUCAACGUCUUUGCGGUUCAGUGGUACGGGGAAGCAGAGUUCUGGCUCUCCCUGAGUAAGGUCUUGCUCAGCGUGGGCUUGAUCUUCUUCACUUUCAUCGUGAUGGUCGGGGGCAACCCUCAGGGCGACCGCUUCGGUUUUCGAUACUGGAACAACCCCGGAGCAUUUGCAGAGUAUUACAAGACGGGAGAUCUUGGUCGAUGGCUAGGCUUCCUUGCCUGUCUGAUUCAGGCCAGCUUCACCAUCGCCGGCCCGGACUACGUGGCCAUGGCCGCCGGGGAGACGGUGAACCCUCGCAAGGUGCUGCCGAGUGCCUUCAACGGUAUCUUUUACCGACUGACGUCCUUCUUCGUCCUGGGAGCCCUUUGCGUCGGAAUCUUGGUCCCGUACAACGACGAAAAGAUGGCCGCUGCGUUCAAAAACGAUUUACCUGGCGCCGCCGCUUCGCCCUACGUGAUUGCUAUGGACCGACUCAACAUUCCCAUUCUUCCGCACAUCGUCAACGGCAUGGUUCUCUUGGCCGCCUUCAGUGCUGGCAAUAGCUAUGUCUACUGCGCCAGUAGAAGUUUGUACGGGCUUGCGCUGGAUGGAAAGGCUCCGCGGGUCCUUACCCGGUGCACCAGGACCGGCGUUCCCAUCUACUGCGUGGGAAUCGUGCUUCUUAUCGCGCUUCUCUCUUUCCUUCAGGUGUCUAACAGUGCGGCCGUUGUCCUGCAGUGGUUUGUGAGCUUGAUGACUGCUUCGCAAUUGAUCAACUUUUCAGUCAUAACCUUUACAUACACCCGUUUCAGAAAGGCGCUCAUAGCACAGGGCAUUCCUCGCCAUACCCUUCCUUAUCAGAGCCUAGGCCAGCCCUACGUUGCCUACAUCGCGCUUGUCUGCACCAGCGUCAUGGCGUUUGUAGGUGGCUACGAGGUGUUCUUGCCCGGCAACUGGGACGUGCCCACAUUCUUCUUCUCCUACACCAUGAUCGGAGUGUUUCCGAUCCUUUACUUUUGCUGGAAGUUCUGGCAUCGCACCGAUAUCAAAAAACUUGAAACCAUUGAUCUGGUGACGGGACUUGACGAGAUCCAGUCGUAUACGGACAAUUUCAUCCCGGAACCCUCUAGCAAUGUGUUUUCAAGGUUCGCCGAUUGGAUCUUCCAGUAG